CAAUUGCCACAGUCGUCUUCAAGGAAAGAUUUGCAUUGUCAACAGUUUAUCAAACUAACAGCUUCUCUCACAAUGCACACAAAUCCUUACAGAACCAAGAAGCUAUCUCUAAGCGAUAAAGUUGUUAAUUAGUAGAUGCCGAACAUACUUGAGUCUACUCCUUGGAGACACACGCAGUUGCCUUUGUAAAUUAUGCGACUGAAAAAUGCAACGUGUAGUCUACCCAGUGAUAAAUAGAUAACAAAAAAGUUGUAAAUGAGCCCUAUGCAGUGGUGCGCGAAGAAUGUUCUUUUUAUUUUUCAUAUCUUAGAUUUAACCGAUUAAUGUAAAGGUGUCGUGCACGAGAGCUAGGCCUGCGCUGGCCGCUUAUUGGCCGCCGUGGGGUUUAAAAUGGUUACUCAAGCUAAAGUAUUCGGUGCAGGGAGCUGCGAAAUGAGGCACGUGGAUAGAACAAAAGUCUGGCUCUCUAUUGAUCGGCGGUAUGGAUUCGACACGAAAGUUCGCUUGUUGACUUUGUUAGCGAUUUCUAAAGGUCUGACGACAGCACGCACUGCUAUUGUAUUGGCCAACUAAUUAUAAUCGAAGCCACGCGCAGGACACGCACGAAAGAGCUCAAGACAAUCUUGCCCUUUCAUAUGAAGAUUAAAGGCACAAAAACAAGCCGUACGCCAUUCAAAGCAGUUAGUUUGCCUAACGUGUCAUUGUGCUAAAUGUCUCCGAGCCCCUCCCACCAACUCACUCUGCCCAACAACCAGGCGUGAAGUCCCUGAGGAACAAAACAAACCGCUUUAUAGGCUCCGCCACGCGUCUCAUGUAAUAUAGUAUUUGCACGCACUUGUGUAGCGUGGAGCGAGACGAGUCCGUGUAAGAGAGAGCACCGCGCUGCUGCUGCCCGCUUGUCACCGCCCUGCGCAACACAUGGAUUCGUUCUUUGAGGAUCUCGCUGGCCUGGAUUUUUCUGAUAUCGAUUUGUCAGAGAUCAGCCCUGACUCGCCGUCACCGUCGUCUCAGUCGUCUGAUUGCUUGUCACUAGAUUCACCAGCCAUCUCACCAGUGAACUCUCCAAGUUCAUCCCAUUCGUCUGUUCUUGGCAGCGACAACUCGCCAAACCUCAGCCCGAAACCAUCCAGACAUCGCACACGUUGCCGUACACCACACUGUUUGAAAAAAGAGCAUGCUUCCAUAUUACGAAGAAACGAGAGAGAGAGAAACAGAGUCAAGCUGGUCAGCGAUGGAUUUGCCACCUUACGCAAGCACAUCCCAACCACGCCAGCUAACAAGAAGCUCUCUAAAGUGGAAACGCUACGCAAUGCCAUUGAGUACAUAAAACAUGUGCAGCGCGUGCUCAAUGAGAGUAACUGGCACGAGAGGCAAUCGCGUUUCUUACGACAAGUUGGGUGGUUUCAGGAUGCAUAUGACUUACAGACCCUAUCCAGGGGAAACGUUGCCACUGCUCAACAGUUGAGCUCCUACCUCCUAAGCCUUCCGGAGAUUGCUCCAUACCCGACAAGCGAGGGGGCCUUCGUUAACAGCUCUGUGAGUUUGUCCAACGUAUAUGGACAUGUUAACUAAUUCAGAUUUACGCUGACUCAUCAAGUAAAGAUACCGUUCAUUACAAUGGAAUGACAAAGUGUAAGCUAAGUAACUUGGCGUAUUUUUUUUACUAUAUCCCGAAAUUGGCAUUUAGUUAUCUUUUUUUUAGCGCGCAAAUUCUACUCGUAUAGUCUUUUCGAGGGAAAAGUUUAAUAAGUUUGGCUUUGAUGUACAUAGAAUUAGAACUAUCAUGAUAAAUAGGGCAGCAUUGUUUUCCGACAACGUGAUUCUUUUUCUUAGUGAAAAUAGCAACGAGGGUUAUAUAUAUCCAGCAGAGCUGAUGUAUUUUUCUUCCCAAUUGGAGGUAAAUAGCGUAAACAAUUUUGAACCGAUCAGUGUUCGGAUAAUUUCGUAGUUUAGAGACUUUUGAAUCGCUGUUCUUUUUGCAGCGGUAUUUUCUCCUUAACGGAAAAUUGUAUAUAGGAUGUCUCGCAAGCGAGGUUGUUGUAUUGAUUGCAUGUUUCUUAGUUAAUAACAAACAAUACAGGACCUUGUAGAUUAGUUUAUUCCAGUAUAACAAGGAAAGUUUCGAAUUGAAAAUAAUUUUUGGCUGCUCUACGUAGCCAUUUGACAUUUCCAUCAAAUGGAAAAGAUUUGAGUUUGUUGAUUCAUUGUUUUUUUAAAGACGUCUUUGAAAGUCUUUUUUACGUCUCAAACAAAUCCUUUUAUGUUUGAUAGUCCAACAGUUAUUAGAAGCGCUUAGGUAGCUGGCCUUGCGCCAAGGUGAAGUAUGCAUAUUCUGAAUACACAAAUCAACCAGGUUAUAAACUUCUAUUAUCUCAGAAUUGAAGACUAACAAUAUACCUCAAGAAAGCGGUAAAAAAAUUUGGCUUUCAAGGUACCAGAAUUUGCACCUUUCAUCUCGGUCGCUGUAGAAUAUCGAGAUUGCUAAUCAAGUAAAUAAUUGAACUCCAAUGAGUUUAAAGAAUUUUUCUUCGCUCCCGUUGUAAGAACUUUUUUUGUUUUUGUAAUGGGUGACAUGCUUGCAAGGUCAAGCGAAUAGAAGUAACAACUUCGGGUUUAUGAAGGGUUGAAGUAAGGACAGAGUCCAAACGUUAUAUAUGAAACGCGCAGAAACAAUAUUGGGUUUGUAGUUCAUUCUACUAAGAAACUCUCGAAUAUCAUAGCUUAUAUAAAUAUAUUCCACAACCUAUAAAUACGCAUGCACUUACGAAAAUUUGUAGCUUAAAUCGUGUUAGGUUGAGUCACUGCUGUUCAGACUUACUUCCAAUGGGAAUAACAUGGGAAUGAUGUAAAAGCUCUUUUGUUUUAAGAAGAUAUUGUCGAGUUCCUUCAAUAAGUUCUAAUUGGAGGAAACUUGUUUGAUGGAACCUACAUUUGAACAGGUUUGGACGCCUAACCUGAAACCUAAGCGUAAUUUGUUCGGCAUAAGCCAACAAAGUAUAAAUGUCUGGGAACAGACUAAUUCAGUACUAGUGCUGUGCACCGUCUGAAUAAUUGGUGGAGAAAUAACAAGAUGAUCACUUGUGUAUCUAGUGGACAUGAAAAAAAAAUAGAAUGUUUCAGUACCGGUAUAUACCUUAUAAUUGAAUUUUGUUAAGAGAAAUUAAAGUUGCACAAUUUAUUUUUUUA